GGAACUCUAGCAGAGGAAAGAUUAGCAACAGCACUUUCCUUCUUUCCAUUUAUCAGGGUUGGUGCGGUGGACUGGCUUGCUAGCUGUGCGGACUGUGGAGUUGUUUUUGCCAGCGCUACGUGAGCUUCGUGUCUGCGGUCAUGGCAAGUGUGAACCCGUACAGUGACUGCGUGAGAACUCUUCGUGUGGAUGGCAAGGAAUACCGGUAUCACAGUCUUCCCGACCUAGGGGAUGCCCGUUAUGGCCAUUUACCAUUUGCGGUGCGCGUGCUGCUCGAGUCUGCGGUGCGUCACUGUGAUGGCUUCCAAGUCAAGAAGCGGGAUGUGGAGGCACUACUGGACUGGCAGUCUCUGCAGGGUAAAGAUGUCGAGAUAGCCUUCAAGCCAGCACGGGUGCUUCUCCAGGAUUUUACGGGUGUUCCAGCAGUGGUGGACUUUGCUGCCAUGCGCGAUGCUGUACAACGGCUGGGAGGGGACCCCUGCAAGAUCAACCCGCUCUGUCCCUCAGACUUGGUUGUGGACCACUCCAUCCAAGUGGACUUCUCUCGCAUCCUCUUGUGCCAGGCGCCCAACCCGGGGGGAGGAGGAGGAGGAGGCCCGCGGCCCCGCCUGCAGCACACCGUCUGCCCUUUUCACGGCCGCCCGGCUGUCGGGGCGGACGCUCUCCAGAAGAACCAGGACCUGGAGUUCGAACGUAACAAGGAGCGCUUCCUCUUUCUCAAGUGGGGAUCUCAGGCACUGCAGAACAUGCGCAUUGUGCCACCCGGUUCGGGAAUUGUACAUCAGGUGAACCUCGAGUUCCUGGGACGUGUUGUGUUCCACAGCAAUGGCUGGCUGUACCCAGACAGCCUUGUGGGAGCCGAUUCGCACACGACCAUGAUCAAUGGCCUCGGCGUACUGGGAUGGGGUGUGGGUGGCAUUGAGGCUGAGGCUGUGAUGCUGGGCCAGGCGACCAGCAUGCUGCUACCUCCCGUGGUGGGCUACCGGCUAACUGGCCGGUUGCCAGCUGGGGCCACUUCAACAGACUUGGUGCUCACCAUCACCAAGCACCUGCGCCAGGUGGGCGUUGUAGGCAAGUUUGUCGAGUUCUUUGGGCCGGGCGUGGCCCAGCUGUCCAUCGCUGACCGUGCCACCGUGUCCAAUAUGUGCCCUGAGUAUGGGGCCACCGUCGGCUUCUUCCCUGUUGAUGCCAAGACCCUGGAGUACCUGCGACAGACAGGACGAGAUGAGCAAACACUGCGUUAUGCAGAGGCCUACCUGUUGGCCAACCAGAUGCUUCGAAACUACUCGGAUGCUUCCCAGGACCCUGUUUACUCACAGGUGGUUGAACUGGACCUGGCCACCGUGGUUCCCUCGCUCAGUGGACCCAAGAGGCCUCAGGAUCGGGUUGCCAUGGAGACCAUGCAGCAGGACUUCCAGCAGUGCCUCUCCACGAAGGUUGGCUUCAAAGGUUACGGCUUGAAGCCCGAGCAGAUGGCCACCAAGGCUGCCUUCACCCACGAAGGGCAGCAGCACACUCUGCAGCAUGGCUCAGUCGUCAUAGCGGCCAUCACCAGCUGCACCAACACUAGCAACCCAUCGGUCAUGCUGGGCGCUGGGCUUCUGGCGAAAAAAGCCGUGGAGCGGGGCCUGACUGUUGCACCGUACAUCAAAACCAGCCUGUCGCCAGGCAGUGGGGUGGUCACCUACUACCUGCAGGAGUCGGGUGUUGUCCCCUACCUGGAGAAGCUAGGUUUCAAUGUGGUCGGCUACGGCUGUAUGACCUGCAUUGGCAACAGUGGGCCCCUACCCGAACCAGUGGUGGAGGCCAUUGAAAAGGGUGACCUGGUGGCAGUGGGCAUCCUCUCCGGAAACCGCAAUUUCGAGGGCCGUGUGCACCCCAACACACGAGCCAACUACCUGGCCUCCCCACUCCUGGUGGUGGCGUACGCCAUUGCGGGCACCGUCGACAUUGACCUCAACAGGGAGCCCCUCGGGCACGGUCCGGAUGGCAAGCCUGUCCACCUGCGGGACAUCUGGCCUUCACGGGAAGAGAUUCAGGCAGUGGAGAGCGAGCACGUGCUGCCACGAAUGUUCAAGGAGGUGUACUCCAGGGUGGAGACUGGCAGCAAACACUGGCAGACCUUGGAUGCACCCAAGUCCCUCCUCUACCCCUGGGACUGCAAUUCCACAUACAUUAAGUGCCCACCAUUCUUCGAGACAAUGGAGCGUGACCCACGACCAACGCUGUCAAUAGAAGGGGCUUAUGUGCUGCUCAACUUGGGUGAUUCGGUCACCACAGACCACAUCUCGCCAGCUGGUAGCAUUGCUCGCAACAGUCCGGCAGCUCGCUACUUGGCUGCCCGUGGGCUUACCCCUCGAGAAUUCAAUUCGUAUGGUGCUCGCCGAGGGAAUGAUGAUGUCAUGGCUCGGGGCACAUUUGCCAACAUCCGUUUGGUGAACAAGUUCUUGGACAAGCCUGGCCCGAGGACCAUUCAUCUGCCAUCUGGUGACGAGAUGGACAUCUUUGAUGCGGCCGAGCGUUACAAAAAAGAGGGGGCCCCUCCACUCAUGGUGCUAGCAGGCAAAGAGUACGGCUCUGGCUCCUCUCGGGAUUGGGCAGCCAAGGGACCCUACCUGUUGGGCAUCCGCAUGGUGCUGGCGGAGAGUUACGAGCGCAUCCACCGCAGCAACCUGGUGGGCAUGGGCAUUGUGCCCCUACAGUACCUGCCAGGCCAGAGCGCCCAAAGUCUGGGCCUGACGGGUCACGAGCGCUUCACCCUCCACCUGGGCAAGGACUUGGUCCCAGCACAGAAGGUCACCUUGCAGCUGAGUGAUGGGCGCAGCAUGGAGGCCCUGCUACGCUUUGACACGGAGGUGGAGUUGGCCUACUUCCACCAUGGUGGCAUCCUGCCAUAUGUGCUGCGCCAGAUGCUCUGAGGGGAACUUGGUGCCUGCACAUCCAGGGGCCCCUUUUGCCUGGCAGCCUGCCAAGAGACCCACGACCAACGAGUUCACUUCUGACUGAGUGAACAAGGAUACACCUAAUAAAUACGAAGCAUAUAUUUUCAA